AUCCCCUGACAUACAUAAUAGUUUCCGUAUCCUUCGCAAAAGCCAUUUCGGAAUGAUGAACUCACGGAGUCUUCUUCUCUUUCCAAAAUCCAUCACCUAUAAGCUGUUUCUUGCAGCCACAGCUGCAGCAGUCCUAGUAUCUACACUUGUCUCAGUCGAACCAGCAGAAAAAUUGCCUACAAAAGAUGAUAAUGAGCAUCGUCAAAAUCAGCAGCUGCACCCGGAACUUUUUCAGAUUUUUGGUGCAGCCGGCCCCGAGAGCCUAGCAUUUAAAAAAGAUGGCACAGGAGCUGCUGCUGCUACUGGCCCUUAUGCCGGAGUUUCCGACGGCCGCAUAAUCCAGUGGCGGGGAAACGAGAGCCGGUGGGUCAAUUUUGCUAUAACAACCCCAGACAGAACUGGUUGUGAUGGUUCACAUGAUCAUGUGGAGGCAGAAUCCAGAUGUGGGAGGCCAUUGGGCCUAAGUUUCAAUGAGAAAAGCGGUGAUCUGUACAUUGCAGAUGCUUACAUGGGCCUACUUUUGGUGGGCUCCAGUGGUGGAUUGGCAACAUCUCUAGCAAAGGAAGCCCAAGGAAUUCCUUUUAAGUUUACCAAUGGUGUGGUUGUUGAUCAAACAAGUGGCAUAGUAUAUUUUACUGAUAGCAGUACAAAAUUCCAAAGGAGGGAAUACAUUUCUGUAAUACUUAGAGGUGACAACUCAGGUAGACUGAUGAAAUUCGAUCCUGUACUAUCUGUUUAAAUUUCUCGUUACUAUCUGAGCAUAACAGGCCAACAACUCUCUUAAAUAGAGUACCUGAACUCCGACCCCCCGUCUUUUGUUCUUGUAACAGAAGUAUCAGAAGCGACAAAUAAAUUGGGCAGAGGAAGGGGGCAAAAAAAAAUAAAAAUAAAUAAAGCACACCUGAUUUGGAAGACUGGCCAAGUUAGUUAGUCAUAUCAUUAAUCUGUUGACCCUUAAACUCAUAGAUCUAACUAUUACAUGUUCUUCUUUUUAUGGAGUAGUCAUUGAUCGUAAGGGUAGACAAUCGUAUCCUUGAAUUUAUAUCCAUGAAACAAUUGUUGGCCAAUACGGUCAUGGUCCUACAGAGAAUAGGGUUGAGGGUAAAUGCUCUUAAAUUCGAGUUAUCACUUGCAUGUUUCUCACGGUCUCCUGCUUAAUAGGAAUGGAUAGGGCAGAUCUUAGUCACACAAUUAGCCCUCAAGCAUUGAGCAGUUUUGAUGAUUUGUGAAAGGGGUCAAUCUUGUUUCAUUGUACUAAAAUGUGCAAACUGUAAAGUGGUUAUUGAGUAUUUGCUCAGAUUGUACAUAUUUCUCAUAAAAUCGAUGUUACUUAUCAUUUGAAAAAGACAAGUGAAUUUUCAGUCUCCCACUGGUAUGGGUUCCUGAAA